CAAAACGUCUCGUUUCUCUAGUUUAGUGUGUCUCAGGUUUAAAAUGUUCACAUGUGUAUUGUGCGACAAAAAAUAUACAAGACAAUGGGUCCUGAAUCGUCACUUACGUGAAGUGCACGAGUAUUCCGCCGAUGAGAGUCAGAGUAAACCGAAAAGUAGACCUAGACGUAGUCCUAUGGUAACCUGCACAGUUUGCAGGAAUGUGUUUAAACGUAAUGAUAUAGAAGGGCACUACUUAGCAGAGCAUAAUAUUACAUUGAAAAACUCUGUUCUUAGUUUUUCUAGUGCGCCAGAUUUCUACACUUGGAAAAAGAAGACAGAAGAAAAGGAAAAUGUAUUUUUUACAAAAACAACUGCUCAAAAGAUUGUAUCUGGUAAGAACAAAAUUUAUUAUCGUUGUCAUAGAUCGGGAUAUUUUGAUCCUAAGCUUAUAUAUGGCAUAAGGAAAAGGAAAACAAAAAUACAGGGUUCCUGUAAAAUAAAUGGUUUCUGUCCUUCCGCAAUGAAAGCAACAUUUUUUGAAAACGGAAAUAUUGAAGUAGAGUACUGCGAGACUCAUGUAGGGCACACUUGUGACCUAGCCCACAAACUAUUGACCUUUAAUGAACGACAAGAUAUCGCCGGAAAAAUAAAUAAUAAAAUUCCUUAUGACACGAUACUUGAAGAAGUUCGUUCAACUUUUAAACCAGACAUGCUUAAAAGAAUACAUUUACUGACAAAAAAUGAUCUGUAUAAUAUUAAAAGAGAAUUUGGUCUUAAUGAGACUAUGCGUCAUGAAGACCGAGAAGAUGAAGUCAGAGAAAACGUGGGAGAAGUCAGAAGUUUGGAGGAAAGACCUUCAAUAUUGGCAGAAGUGUCAACUAAAACUGUUCUGCCCUCAAAGGUGAGACCUACUGACAAACUUCUACUAAGACAACGUGUUGAGUCAAUUUUAAAUAAAAUUGACAACCCGGAGAGUUUAAAAGUAGCUGAUCAAUGCCUGAAAAACCUAGAUGCGAAGUUGACUUCCCUCAAGCAGAGGAAUAUUGCCUUACAAGUAAAAAGCAACACAAAAAAAAAUCAAAAAGAAGAACCCUAAGAACCCGGCCCUUGGUGCAGGGUCAACUAGUCACUAACCAGUUUCCAAGAUGAAGGCGGAUGUAAAUAUUGUAAAUAGAUAAUGUAGCCUAAAUAGUACGGUAAUGUAAAUAAAUGUAAUAUGUAAAUAAAUGAAUGUAUUAAUAGUACCUAUACCUACAUUUUGGAUUUAGAAGAAAUAGAUUUGAAGAACUUCAUUCAUUAACAUAAGCUUUUGUUACAGAAAGUGACCUGGUCAGUGUGUUAAGUAGCAGUCAAUGUUGGAAGCUUUGUGCCUCCCCCCGCCAUUUGAUGCCUCCAUUAAUUUCAGCAACAUUUGAA